AUGGGAGGAGAAUCAACGGCCAAUCUUCCUUCAACUAAUCACCAAAACGUGCCUGUUGUUCUAGAUCUGACUGCUGAUGAAGAUGAAACAGCAGAUGUGAAAGUUGAUCGCAAUGCAGCACAACCAUCAGCCACACCAGCUGCCGCAAAGGCAGCAAUGGCAGCAAAGGCAGCAAGCGCCGCAGACUCAGCGAGCGCAGCAGCGGCACGGGAGGCAGCCAUUCCGCAGUCAAGCCCUUCUCAAGCGCCACAAGCCCCGGCUGCCUCCCUGCCGUUUGAUGCCCUGCCCUUCUGGAGCGGACCUCUCUACAUCAGAACCAUCGAUGCAUCUCUCAUCCCUCUCGGCACCGUCACCGCUCACCUCUCCCUUACUGCCGUCACCCAGGUCUCUCUCGCUGCCGCCUCCCUCACUCACCUCGCCGCCACUACCGCCGCACCUAAUACCAUACCUACCGCCGCACCUACCGCCGUACUUCCCACUGCCGCACCUGCCGCCGUACCUACUGCCGCACCUACUGCUGCACCUACCGCUGCAGGCGAUCCCAGCAGCCCCUCUCCUCCGCUGAACGCGCUCAUAAUAAAGGAGAGCCGGCGCAGCGACCCGGGGGCAUGGCCGGGAGUGUUCACGCACGCGCUGACCUCCCCCUCGGGCAUCUCCUUCCCCCACGCCGCCUUCUUCCUGCUGGGCCACGGCUGUGCGCGUGGUGGCGAGGGUGGUGCAUGUGGGGAAGAUGGCAUAGAUGGUCAUGGCAACGGUGGUGGCAACGGUGGUGGUAGUGGGGGGGAAUGA